AUGAAAGCGCUGAGCCCAGUGCGUGGCUGCUACGAGGCGGUGUGCUGCCUUUCGGAGCGCAGCUUGGCCAUCGCGCGGGGCCGCGGCAAGGGCCCGGCAGCCGAGGAGCCGCUAAGCCUGCUGGACGACAUGAAUCACUGCUAUUCACGUCUACGGGAAUUGGUACCCGGAGUCCCGCGAGGCACUCAGCUUAGCCAGGUGGAAAUCCUGCAGCGCGUCAUCGACUACAUCCUCGACCUUCAAGUGGUCCUUGCGGAACCGGCACCCGGACCCCCAGACGGCCCGCAUCUCGCCAUCCAGACAGCCGAGCUUACUCCAGAACUUGUGAUCGCCAACGACAAGAGGAGCUUUUGCCACUGA